AAAGAGUUUGCAGGCACGGCCGCCCUACUCUGAGGUGAGAGGUAGUUCCUGCAUGGCCUGAGCCGCCGCGUCCAGGUCAGUGACCGACGCCGUGCUUUCAGCCGCCGAUCCGGUGACAUCAGCGGCUGUGGGUUGGCCGUCACAUCGUCUGCUCCCUCGGGAACGGGAUGCGGAGUAAUACGUAACGGCGAGACCUAACUUGACAGUUCCAGGACCCGCCCCUCCGCCUCCUGUUCGCCAGCCCAUUUGCUGGAUGGCCGUCACUCGGAAGGAGCCCGACGGCGAUUGGAUAAAGGUUGUCUGUGAUUUUCAACGAGCUGAACGUUGUUUCCAUUCCCAUGGUCCUGGACUUCAUCGCUUUGACUUUCUGGAAACGUGAAUGGUUUAUGCAUCAGACUGCCCCCGGGAGAGCAGAGAGCCGGCAAUGAUCUAAGGAGUUUGACGGCAGACUUGAACAAGAACAGUAUUCAGACCACCAUUCUCCAGGGGCCCCAGCAGAAAGCAUGGGGCGCAAAAAGAUUCAGAUCACACGCAUCGUGGAUGAGCGCAACCGGCAGGUGACCUUCACCAAGCGGAAGUUCGGGCUGAUGAAGAAGGCGUAUGAGCUGAGUGUGCUGUGUGACUGUGAGAUCGCCCUCAUCAUCUUCAACCACUCCAACAAGCUCUUCCAGUAUGCGAGCACGGACAUGGACAAGGUGCUGCUCAAGUACACAGAGUACAAUGAGCCCCACGAGAGCCGUACCAAUGCCGACAUCGUGGAGACCCUGAAGAAGAAGGGGUUUAACGGGUGCGACAGCCCCGAGCCUGAUGUGGACGACGCCAUCGAGCAGAGCCCUUUCAUGGAGGACAAGUUUCGGAAGGUCACCGAUGACAUUGACGUCUUGUUCAAGAGAUAUGGGUCAACCAUGCAGCCCACGAACUUCAGCGUGCCGGUGACCAUCUCCAUCGGCAGUCAGAGCGUGUUGCCCUACAGUGACCCCGGCUCAUCCCUGGUUAGCCCCUCACUGGUGACCACCUCGCUCACCGAUUCCAGCCUUCUGAGCCCGCAGCAGACCGUGAUGAGGAGGAACACCGUGUCUCCUGGCAUUCCCUCCAGGCCGCCGAGUUCCGGCAACCCAGGUUCGUUGGUGGGACCAGAGCUCUCUACGUCCAACGGAGGGUGCCCAAGCCCUGUAGGGAACGGUUACGUGAACCAGAGGUCCUCGCCCGGACUGCUCACCACCACUAGUCUGGGCAAGGUGAUGCCGCCAAAGUCGCCGCCGCCCCCUGUCGCACAGCUGCCACUUGUUAACAGCCGAAAGCCGGACCUUCGGGUCAUCACCUCGCAGAGCAAAGGACUGAUGGGCUCCCUGAGCACACAGCAGCUGACUGCAGGCUCACAGUCGCUCAGCACUCCGGUGGUGUCAGUGGCCACGCCCAGCCUCCUGCCACAGGGGCUGCACUACUCGGCAAUGCACAGCACUUACAACACAGACUAUCAGUUGACCAGCGCUGAUUUAUCAGCCUUGCAGUCAUUCAACUCUCCGGGUGCCGUAUCUCUCGGCAACGUGACGACGUGGCAACAGUUGACACCGGCGACGAUUGGCAACAUGCUGGUUGGGCCCAGCAACCAGCUCCCUCAGGUCUCCACGCUGACAACGGGCAGCACCCAGGACGUGCGAGUGAAGUCCGAACCGGUGUCCCCCACUCGCGAGCGCACCACCCCCUCCGGCUUCCUGCCGCAGGGCCCGCAGGACGGAGGCCGCUCCCCGGUGCACAGCCUCAGCAGCAACAGCAGCCCACUGGAAGGGAGCGAGCGGGACGAGGCCCGGGCAGGCUACAUCUCCCCUGUCGGACACAUGCGGGUGGGCGGGAAGGAGGACGAGGACCCUUCCGCUAAGCGCCUGCGGAUGGACGCCUGGGUCACCUAACACCUUCCACAAUCCCCUCUACCCUCCCCCACACCACCCUGGAGCAGGAAGGUUCGAGGGAGGCAUUGUCCUUGUUAUAGCCCGGUUUUACACAACGCAAUGUCCAACCACACCCACCUUCCUCCGCUAUCCCCCGCCUCCGCACUCUUUGGCAGCCCUUGUCAGUAACCAAAGAAUCCUGGUGAAAACUGGCACUGACUACGCACUCCCCCCUCGAUAUCAGCCACAGAUCCCUCCUUGUCAUUUUCCCUUCACCCCUCUGUCAGCAGAGGGUAGCAAUAUCCCAGUGUGAAUGCCACCCCAGUGGGCUAGGAUUUAAUCAGCAGUGUCACCUGGUUGUGGUGUGCAAAGGGCCGCUGGACUGGCAGUGGUAGUGGGUAAAAUGGGAGCAGGGUGGGGCCUCUCUCCCCUACUCUCCCUCCCCCUCUCCUACUCUCCCUCUCCUACUCUCCCUCCCCUCUCUCUAUCUCCCCCUCUCUAUCCCCUCUCUCUAUCUCCCCCUCUCCCUAUCCCUCUCUCUCUAUCACCCCUCUCUAUCCCUCCCUCUUCUAUGUUCUCCCUCAUUCUUGUCCUCCUGUUAUCUACACCCCAUCUCCAGGCUCCCUGUGGUAGUUGGACGUUCCUCUGUAUUGAACAAAUAUUGCUGUUUUCCACAGCUGGGGUUGUUACUUGGUGUCUGAGCUUCUCCACCCUCAACCCCAGAUCCUUGCCCAUGACACUGGGCUGGGCGGAUUGUCCCCACCCCUGGGUGCUGCUGAGGGCAGGUUGCUGAUCCUGGGGUGAAUUCUGGGGUAAGGGUUUAGCGGAGAUCACCAUUCCCACCCAGACCUCUCUGGGCACAUACUCAUGUACUCCCAGUGGGGUGUCAGUCCUGGAAUGUGACCUCUGACCCCUUCCCCAUCCUGAAAUACUGGUCUCUGAGAGCUGGAAAACAGAGCCCUCUCCACCCACCAUCCCACACCCUUUCGUCAACCCACCAGUCCAUCUGCACCCAGUUCCUCCUCUCUCCCCUGCCUAACCCUCCCUUUACCCUUUCUCUCCCGCCUUCCCUCCACGGUCCUGCCCAUCUGUCCUGCCUUUCCUCCCUCACCCCAUUGUAUGCCUCCUUCCCCCAAGUUCAUCCAUCCACCUUCACAUCCACAUCCACUCUCUCCUGUCUCCCUUACCUAUCUGUUCUUUUGCCUCUCCUCUUCUCACACUUUGUCUCCUUCCUGCCCUCUCCCCCAGAUCCACCUCUCUCUCUCUCUCUCCACCUCUCAACCCGCCCCUUUCCCAGCUGGCCAACAACUGCCCUUCAGGGUUGAUCACCUCCCAAUUCCCCUCCCAACCUCAGGUGCCCCCUCCCCACCCUUUUCCAGCCCCUCGGUGUCCUCAGCUGGUGAUCAGCUGAUUCACAGCCCCGCUCCCCCCGACAGUGAUUUAAGUUAUUGGUUGGUAGGUUUAUCACGUGAGUGUGUGUACGUGUGUGUGUCUGCGCGCGUGCUUGGCCGCGCCCCUGAGUUUUUUAAAAUGUGCUGCCACUUGUAUAGAUAAUUUUUUUUAAAAGUACAAUAGACCCACAAUAUUUAGGCCUCAUUCAGGAGACGUACCUGCUGCAGUUCUGUGUGUGGCUCACAGGGUUUUCGAGGAAAACCGUUCACAGAACUGACACCCUUGGGUGGCAGGGGCCGCAGCAGUACAGUGCUAAUUUAUUGUCAGAAUGUUUAUGUUCUUUUUUAAAAAAAAUGCAUGUUGACAUAUUUAAAUGAAAAUACAAAAAAAACGUACUUUGAGCCUCUCGAUGCACAAUAGAGAGAAGAAUUAUAGCUAAUAUAUUGUGUUCAGAUUGUGUCUCAGGCUCAAAGCUUAUCGCUGUUAUAUUUGGUUUUCCAGGUGGAAUUACAAAUUGUGUAUAUUUUUCAUAAGCGCGAGAAUGCACUGAUCUUCCGCGGUUGUUGGGGUGUGGAGGGGCACAGAGGCGCUGGGGGCCCUUGCGCUGUGUUGCCCUGGUGGUGGGGUGAAUAGGGCCAGGGAGCGGCUGUUCACGGGUGACCAGUCUUGGCGGACAACUCCCUGACAGCAGUUGGUCAGGGUGGGGAAGCCGGGGUUGAGGAGUCCCCAUGUUUAAACCCCUCCCUGUGUCUGAGCCACAGCAGCGGAGAGUGGGUGUGGGAGCAUGAGGGUUUAAUUUCAGGCCAGGGACGAGAGUGGGGUUUGAGUCCGGGAAUGCUUCCUCCUGCCUUCCCUGGUGGACGAGGCAGGGGAGCAAAGGUGUGGUGGGCAGGGGCUUCCUCUGCAUGCCAGUAUCUGCCUUGUGAAGCUCACUUUCCUCCCUACGCUAGCCUCCUCUCAAAGGAGGGCAGGUGGGGGUGGUUCUCGCCAGAUUACCAGAUGGAGUAAGGGGUCCUUGUCCCCUGCAGGUUGAGCACACAGGGAGGGGAGAUAUGGAAACCCUGCCCCUCCCAGUCGGUGCACAGUUCAAUCACAGCUGCCUCUACCUCAGAACUGAAGAUCACCCUUCCCGAGUGGAUCUCAGUCGGGGAAUCGAGGACUCUGUCUCCACCCCUUCAGGAUGACCUGGCAGGGAGGUUGCCAGCUCCGCCCCCCUCACCCCCACACACAGUCUGGGGGGGCAGGAUAGUUUGCCUGCUGCCCAGGGCUCCCACCUCCUUCGUGUCCUUUGGGAUAGUGAGCUAGGUUUUGCUACUGGUACCCUGUUUGGGGUGGGGUAUGGCUGAAUUUGUUUCUGAGAAGGGCUCUUCCCCCCCCCCCCCACACCC